CGGGUGCCGAGCAACCGGCAUCUCACUGUUAGCAACAGCCACGUGAAACGUGUCGUAACAUUUAUAUAUCUUGUGUAUCUUGAACGCCGGUUCGAAAAUGGUGCAAAUCGUUGGAAAGUACGAAUUCGUCUCGAACGAGAACUUCGAGGCGUUCGUGAACGCCAUGGGGGAGAAGGAGAUGGCGACCCCGUUCUUACAAGGGAAACCCAUAAUCGAGAUUUCGCAAAACGGCGACGAGUGGUCGGUGGUUAUCAAUUCCGAGGGAAGGACCAGCUCGACCACCUUCAAGCUGAACGAGACCUACGAGGAGAAGCUGCCAUCCUUCAAUCGCACGUUUCCGAGCGUAGCAACAAAAGAGGGUGAUAAACUGAAAGUAGUAACGACUGUGAACGAUAACAUCACGCUCACUCGUCUCUACGAAUUCACAGACACCGGCAUGAAAGUUCACCUGUCCGAGAGCAAGACCAACGUUAUGGCAACGCGUACAUACAAGAGGCUCUAAAUUCAGAAAUAUUUAGAUAAACAACUAUGGCUGCUCUUUUACUUUAACGCAAAAUAAAAGCUUUUUACAACUUUA